AGACCAUCAAGAACAAAACUACCAUUAUAUUGGGUAAAGGCAAAGGCAAGGCAAUAGAGGCAUGGGAAUUGAAUGUUUAGCAAAAUUAGAAGUUCCUAUUAUAAAAUUGCCCAAUAUUGAUAAAAAGGAUGAUGAUAUUGAUCCUGAAAGCAGCAAAUUAUGGUUAGAAAGAAGCAAGCAAGUGAGAGAUGCUCUUGAAGAAUAUGGGUGUUUUUUAUGUGAGUAUGAUGAUGAUGAGAGUAGUCGUUGUUGUAAUUCAUCUUCAUCAUCAAAGCUUGAUAGUAAUUAUGAAGAAAUUUUCAAGGGAUUGAAAGAGCUUUUUGAUUUUCCAUUAGAAACUAAAAUGAAGAAUGUUUCUGAUAAGCCUUACCAUGGGUUUUUGGACAGUAGAGCUCCCUUUGUUCUUCCUCUUCAUCAAAGCCUUGGUAUUGAAAAUGCUUCAUCUUAUGAAGCUGUUCAGUCUUUUGUCAACCUCUUAUGGCCUUCUGGCAAUCAUCAUUUCUGUGAAAAUUUAUUUGCAUACUCAAAGAAGAUAGCAGAGAUGGAGCAAUUAGUAAAGAGGAUGGUAUUUGAAAGCUAUGGAGUGGGAAAAUACACUGAUUCUCAUAUUGCUUCAACCACUUAUCUCCUAAGAACAAUGAAAUAUAGAAUUCCAAAAAUGGGUGAAGAGAAUAUUGGUGCAGAAGCUCACACUGACAAAAGUUUCUUCACUAUUCUUCAUCAAUUUGAUGGAGUCAAUGGCUUGCAAAUAAAACCAAAAAAUUAUGAUCAAUGGCUUGGAGUUCAUUUCUCUCCAAAUUACUUCUUGGUCAUGGCUGGAGAUGCUUGCUUGGCAUGGAGCAAUGGGAGAAUUCACUCAGCCACUCAUAGAGUUAUAAUUGAGGGAAACAAAGAAAGAUAUUCAACUGCCCUAUUUUCAUACCACAAAGGAAUUAUUGAAAUUCCACAAGAAUUGGUGGAUGACAAACAUCCCUUGAGAUUUAAACCUUUUAACCAUUAUGGAUUACUUGGUUAUUUUUCCACUGAUGAUUGUGACAAAAUGCCUUCAACUGCCAAUGCUUAUUGUGGAGUUUGA